GAUGUCUUCAAGUAACCAAUAGCAAGAAAGCAGAAGAUAUUGGUGUUCAUUCAUGCCGGGCCUACCGGGAACGUCGAGGAGGGUCUAGAUAUUUGUAACCAGUGUAACUCAAGACUGUUCACUUAGUGAGAUAUCAAGGAUUGUCCUAGUCGUGUGCGUAUUUUAAUUGGUUAUUUACAACAUGAAAAUCAUUAAUUUUGUUGCAACAUGCUGCACCGUCUUCACACAAUUUCAAGUCAUCAGUGCAGAUCCGUGCCCACAACUAAAUCUGAUAAACGGAAAAGAAAUGAUUGCCCUCCGUUUCUGGAAACUGCUAGAAAUGGAUACUGGAUUCAAAAUUACAAGGGUGCCAGUUAUACAUUGAUAUGCAAUGAUGGAUUUAAAUUGCGUGGAACAAGAGUAAUUUAUUGUCAUAAUCAACGGUGGAGUGAUUCUAUUCCCUUCUGUGAUGAAAUUCACACUUCAUGCGACUUUGAAAAAGAAGAUAUUUGUGGAUGGACUCAAAAUACAUCAAAUUUCACCUGGAUACAUCAUAGUAAUUCAACACCCUCAGGUAUCCUUGGAACCGGUCCAUCAUUUGAUCACACAUUGGGAGAAAAUCAUGGUGGACACUAUAUGUUUGUUGAAUCGUCUAGCCCAUUUUCAGAAAAUUACACUGCUCAACUUUUCUCUCCAGUGUAUGAUCCCCAAUUAUCUCAACGGGCGUGUUUUAUACUUUGGUAUCAUAUGCAUGGAUCAACUAUGGGAGACCUAAAUGUGUAUCAAAAAUUGCAAACAUCUGCAACUAACAUGACACGGAUAUUUCAUAAAUCAGGAGAACAAGGAAAUCAAUGGUUGGUUGGGAUUAUGAAUUUGACUGUUGUGAAUAAACCAUUUCAGAUAGUAAUUGAAGCAAUCAUAGGUCGGAGUUACAUGAGCGAUAUAGCUAUUGAUGAUGUGAAGAUAACUAAAGGACGAGAUUGCUUCAUAGACAUAACGAAAUCAUCAAGUCAACCUACAACACAGAUAACAGUGACAUCUCCACUAACAACAGAAUCUGCUAUUUCCAUGCCAAAGACUAUGAGGCCAUAUCCUACUUUCCUGCCACCUCCACCCCUUCCAACACUGCCCCCUUUGCCGACAUUUCCUCCGCUGACAACGCGACCUUUAAUAACGACAUUACGAACAUCUGUGCCUUCCUUAAGUUCUGUUCAACCUUCUCCUUCCCUACCUUCAUUGGUUCCUUUAACGUCCCUGUUGCCAUUUGUUUCAAUACUUUCUACAACUAUAUCUCAAAAUAUUUCUCAAGUGAACCUGAACUUUAGUACAGCAUUUCAGCAUAUAACCACACGUCAAGGAACUUCCAUGAGCUCAACUGAAAGAACACUUUUUCCCACGAAAAGAAUUUAUUCCACAUUUUCUACUCCAUCUUUUAACUUAUCUGACAAAAACAACAGGACUGAAUUUUUUAAACCUACACCAUUAUUUCCAAGUUAUUUGACCACAAAAGAAGAACCAAUGACUACACUACCUACAAAUGAAUCACUGUUACCGAGUCCAAACACUGGAAAUACUUUCAGAUUAUUUUUAACCACUCGCGUGUUUAGUAGUACAAAGUACGACAAAACAAGUACUGUGCCAAGAACAACUCCAGUUAUUAGGAACACUAUCACGAAAGCCACCUCUAGAACUCAAAUGUAUUUCGGCGUUUCAACUUUAAAACCUUUCAAACACACUUCCAAAAGCUACAAUCAGCUACCAACCCUCUCAUUCCUGACUACCACUUCAUCUCCAAAAUAUGACUUAAGACGAAAAACGGCUGUUCAAACAUAUCUACCUAUCCAAAGAACAACUCUGAAAAUUGACAUCAAGCCACCUAUUAGAAAAGGAUAUGGGACAACAUUAGAACCUUCAACAAAAAUAAAAGAGUCUAAAGCAGAACCCAAGGUGUCACAUGUAUCAAGCAUUGCUGGGGCAGUUGGAGGAGUAAUAGCUGUGGCAAUAAUUGCAGCUUUGUUAGUUUUCGUACUAUCAAGACGGAUAACAAGAUUCAAGAAACACAGAGACAUGUCUGAAGAUUCUGAUGUCCGUUUUCUCACAUCCGACGAAGUAUUAGAUUUUAGUUUGGCAAGACCUAAUGAUGAUGAUGAUUUAUGACUAUCUCAAUUGACCCUUGUCAAUUUUCCUGACACAGAAAUAGACUGAAACAAAGUUACUUGUAAAUUUUGUGUAAAAAUAGUAUUGGAUGCUGUUUUGAGAACUCACAGUGUGUAUGUUCAGUAUUUUUAGUGAUUAGAAAACCAUAAAUGAAAAAAUUUAAAAUAAAU